AUGUACGCGAAAGGAUUACGUUGCUUGCUAGGCCAAUUGCUAAUAGCGCUGCUCUGCGCACAGGCAAUGGCGAGGCUGCACAAACGAAAUGGAUACCAUUACAGGCACUCGCAGCCUCAACCUCAACAAAACUAUCAUCAUCAGAAUAGCUACUUCGAACCAACGUUCGAGGGCCAUGAAGAGCCCACAGCGCCGGCACACGAGACCCAACAUCGCCAGCACUUCCAUCAACAGCAUUAUCAGCACGGCAGCUCCGGCGGCUCCAAAGGCUACUACAGCCAAUCUUCGAAUGCUGGGAGCAGCAGCGGCAGUGGCAGCAGCAGCAGUGGCAACAAGGCCGGCUACAGCAUAGGCAGUGGAUUGCGCUCCAUAGCCCAGGGAUCGGCGGAUCAGGCUCACAGUGCGGUAGCCAAUCAGCAUGCAGCGGCCAAACAGGCAGCAUUUAUUGCCAAAAACACACUGGCACAGGCUGCAUCUCAAGCCGCCGCCACGGCUCAGGCAGCCCUAGCCGGCAAGCAAGUGAUCUUGCAGGAGCUGGAACAACAAGCCGCGGAAGCGCAACGCGCGCUCUCACGAGAGCUGGAGCAGCUCAACUCCGCAAAGAUAUCGGCCAAGUUGGCACAGCAAACGGCACAGGCAGCACAUCAUCACAUUUCUGUGCUCACGGCAGCUGUUAACAAUGCCAAGUCGGUGGCGGAGCAGGCCGAGCAAACCUCCAGCGAGGUAGCGAAUCAACUGGCAUCGCAAUCAAGCAUGGUGGGACAAGCGAAAAGCAGACUGGAGCAGGUCGAGGAGCAGCUGCACCAAGCGCAAGUAGAUUACGCAGCCACCAAAGAGGCGGCUCUUAAGGCAGCAUCCUCUGCCGCGGCAGCGCAGGUAAAUGCAUCGAAGGCAGGGGCGCAUGCAACGAUUGGCUUGCAUGAGAGUGCAAAUCAAACCACGGGGCAUGGAGAUCAUGGUGAAGAAGAGGUGUACGACGAGCGAGUGGACGCGAGCGCUGUGGGCCACUCGGCGCAUGAUGAUGCGCUGGACGAGCAUGAGCGCAGUGAAAAACAACUUGCACAUGAAGAUCGUAAAAAUUACACCGACUUCUCCAAGGCAUGCGUUGCCAACUACUACCAAAAAGGCGCAAUGAAUGUGCCGUUACAAUUACUGCGCAUCAAGUGGCAACGCCGUUGUGUCAUUGCCGAAAGGUGA